UUCCCGAAAGAGUGGAGAUUGGAGUAUCUCAAACGCAAUCAAUUCAAUGGGCCCACAAAGAUCUUGUCAGAUCUGCCACGUCGCCCACACAGGACUCCGAGUUUAUAGCAUCCAAUAGCAUAUACCAUAUUCCCGCCGUAUACCACCGCAAUCUACGGCCGCGCCACCACAGAAGAUUCACCACUUCACAACAAUGGUGUCUCUAACUAAUAACCAAAUAUUGCUGUCUCUUCCACUGUCUUCCUCUCAAUCUGCAACUCCGCGAGAAUAUAAUCAGCCCGAAGUUUCUUACAUCCGUCGGAGAGCUGAUUCAAGGAAGUGGAAACUAUGGAGUUCAUCGCAGCCAUUCAACUCCUCACCCUCUAGGAUCAAAACAUUUCAGCUUGUGAGAGCUAAAAGUUAUGAAGCAAGACAGUCGGAGGACACAGAGGAGAUAUUGCAGAAGUCUUCCAAUAAUUUACCUGGUAGUCCGGAAGGUAAAACUGUCCGCACAGGAAGUUCGUUUCUGGCAAAACUGGCAAUAGCGCUGGGUAUAGCUGCUACAAUUACAUUCCUAUCCAUAGGCCUUAAACAGCCUAAUCAAGGAUCAAAUUUUGGGAUUCAAUAUCUGGUUGAUGGAUCAUCAUCUUCCACAAUUACUACACCUGCUUCUGGUUUUUCUUUCAAAGCUUUUGGCUAUAGAGUCAUGCUGCCAGAAUAUGCUCCAGGAUGGAUCUACUUUUGGCUUCUGAUGGCAGCUGGUUGUGGAAUUUUUAUUAGCGAGGAGGCUUUAAAUAUAUGGGUUGGAGCCUCUAUAGCACGAAUGCUUGUUCUAGAUGGAACGUGGCAAUCGCUGGUGAACUCCUUUUCCAGAAAUGCUCCAUAUAUGGCAUCCACUAUUCUCUGGGUGUACUGGGGUGUUUGUAUCAGCGAUAUGAUACCUUUUUACCUUGGGAAGCUUUUUAAGCAAUCUGGUGCAUCCAAUGAUGUUUGCUCGAAGUUAGGGAUCGGUGAUCAGAAGGCAAGAGAUAUUACAAACGCUGUACAAAAAUAUGGGAAUCUCAUUGGUUUUGUGGAACGGUUUUCUCUUGGAGUGAGAAAUCCCACCGCUUUCCUUGCAGGGACUCUGGAUAUAUCACCAGAGUAUUUCUUUGCCGGUGUCUGUUGCGGUGGCUUGAUAACUCUUCCAAUUCAGUUGACAAUUGGAUUUUUACUAAGAGAGCGUCCUGUAUUUGCAGUUGCAACUGUUGCUACUGUAGUGGGAAUCUGGACAGUAUUCCCCUAUACAGUGGCUGCUUGUACAGCAUUAUUCCUAUAUCUACGGCGCCAGUUUUCCAGUUAGGCCAACCCAUUACUUUUCUGAUUGGUUCACAAGUCUUAAACAACGUGGACUGGAGGCGAGCACAUGACUGCUCGUGCUGGUGCAAGCCUGGAUGGAUGAUGCCACUAUUUGUCGAAAAUCACCCACAUUUCCAGUAUUUUCCAAAUCAAACUGAUUGAAAAUCGUCGGAGAUGUUCUAGAAUGAUAAACUAAUGUAUAAUUGAUUAAUGAUCUGUCCAUGGGCAAGUUUCUUUAUUCUCAACGAGAAUGUUUAACUCUUUAAGAUGAGAAAUCUUUUUCAAAGGGAGGGGGGAAAAAGAAAAAGAAUGGGUAAAAAGGCUGCAAUAUUAGUUUCAAGAUUGCCUGUGUAAAUUUUAUUAAGAAUUGAAGAUUCAAUGGCAUCCAAGAGUAUGGAUAGCCUUGUGGUCAAUGAAAUGGGUUCCCUUGGAGAUUAGGUUCACAUUCCAGUGGAGACAAAAAAACACUAGGUGAUUAUUUUCCA